AUAAACUGACUAACUAUGGGAACAAGUUUGUCAUAGGAUUUACUUCCCAAUAUUCCCUGCGUACCUACGGUUACAUUGGAAUAGCAAUUGCAGCUCACUUCGAUACAAAUGUCACAAUUAUCACACAAUCAACUUCGAGCGUUCCGUUGAACGUCGCCAUCCAUAUGAAAGAAGGGGAUUUCUUGGAGUAUGGUCUGCCGCGCUCCCUGCGAAUGCAAGGAAUCCAAAAUAAUGGUAUUCAGGUUUCGUCAACAAUGAAUAUUUCGAUCGAGUGUUUCAAUUAUUAUACAGGUGGUGAUGGAUACCUAGCACUACCAACUGACGCACUAGGUGUAACAUAUGUUGUUGCAUCAUAUACACCAUACAAUAGCGUUGCAAGAGCUAAAAUUGGUAUAGUGUCAAUACAUGACGAAACAACCAUUUUAAUUCAACCAAUUAAGAAUGCCGUUAUUGAAAUUGGUGGAACCGCGUAUACUCACGCCGGCCCGAUCCAUGUUUUCUUGGGUAAACUGCAGUCCAUGCAAGUAACUAGUGAAUCGGAUUUAUCGGGGACAAUGAUAUUCGCUUCUAAACCAGUAUCUGUUGUCUGUGGAGUGGAUUUGGGGAUUCCUGGCGGCACUGGAAGUUAUGACAGAUUAGAAUCAUUUCUUUUACCUGUCACACAAUGGGGAAAACAGUACAUCUUAACAACGGUCGGAUCAACGAACAAAAAACAAGGAGAUAUUUUCCGAAUUUUUGCCUUUGAAAAUAGUACGGUUGUCCACAGUGCAUACUGGAUCAAAGUUUUGUUAUCCGGCACUUAUACUGAAUUGAUAUUAGGCGAAAAUCUUACAUCGUUUGUGAACUGCAAUAAACCUUGUCAAGUGGUACAAUACAUAAGGGGGGAAACAAUUGGCUCGAAAAAGGCGGACACUUCGAUGAUUGUCCUUCCUUCGAUUAAACAGUUUAAAUCAUACUAUCGUGUUCUUUGUAGUCAUAUUUCAGGUUUUUACAGUUCUGCAACAAUUACGAUUGAGGAACGUUUAACCAACGGUUUGUUUCUAAAUGGAGUUAAAAUGAGUUAUCUAAAUUGGAUUAAAAUUUCGGGGACAAAAUAUGUUUGGACAGUGGUUGGUAUGCCUGGAACAAAACUUGCUACCUUCUAUCAUUCUUCGCGUGAUGGUAACUUUGGACUGCUGGUGUAUGGCUGGAAUGGCGAUAAUUCGUAUGCUUACCCCGGCGGAUUCACAUUCCAACACUACAGUACCGGUAAGUAAUUGUCACAGACUUCGGAAGCUUAUACCAUCCUAACUUGUUCAGCGUUUAAAUAUAUAACGUUCACGUUUACGGCCUAAAAAUAUGUUGCAUUCUUAACAAAUUUAACAAAAUCCUGUGUGAACUGAUUUGAAACAAAUUAUUAUCGACAACGAAAUUCUAUUUAAAACAUUAUUAUUAUUUAUUUAUUAUUAUUUAUUAUAAAAUUACAUGCUCCCGAAAGGGCUUUUCAGCAUACAAUUACAAUAAAAAGACUAAAAUAUGCUAUUAUAUACAUGCGGUUAAAAAUGGUAGAUAGGUACAAUGUUCAAUUAUUUAAAAUGUAUUUCUUUACUUCAGAUUUAAAGUGUUUGAUAUUUCUCAAUGAUUUGAUUGAAUCAGGCAGGCUGUUCCAAUGUUUGGUCGCGCG